GUUUUUAUUGCCAAUGUCACUUUCAAAUUGGAACUUGCCGUAGUCAUGUCUGAUACAUCGUCCUUUUACGAUACCAGUUACAGUGAAGACCAAAGAAUAGAUUCGUAUAUAAAAAAUUUAAAACAAAAAGAAAGACAGCAGUUCGCCGAUAUACAAGCCUACAGGAAUGCGUUAUUCAACAAUACAUACGCUCAGAAAAUUGAACCAAUUUUUUCACUACCCGGACUCCAUUUUUUAUAUUACAACCACAAAUAUAUUAAAUUCUAUUUCAAACCGUGCGAUACAGUCAGCAACGUGAACAAGAAGACGGAAUUUUAUUGCAAAUUGAAGUAUAUCAAAAAGUUCAAUUGGUGGAGCGUUAAAAGGGACUCUUUCCCCGUCAACUAUAAGAGAAAAAUUUAUUCUUUGUUCGACGAAAUUGAUGAUGAUCACAUUGUUGACGUCAUAGUUAGAAUAUAUAAAAUAUUAGUAACUUGGUCCAAGAAGGAACAGGAUUAUAGGCAGGAUAAAUUUAGGAAAUACAAAAGGGGCGAGCUGGAAGAUUCAGAUAUGGAUUCCGAUGAUCAGGAUAUAUUUUUUGACGAAGAAACGAAAUCCAUGUUAAGAGAUAAAAGGAAUGCCGUACUUAAGAGAAUGUUACCCCCUGACAAAAGAAAAGAUUUUGAAAAUAUUGAGAAGAUUUUGUUUAGUAAAAGUACAUCUGUAGAUUCGGAUUAAAUACCUAGGUUUUAUAAAAAAUGAUAUACACUAUUUGUAACUAUGAUAUUUUUUGUCAGUAUUGUAGUUUUAUUUAUAUAUUUAACUAUAGAUAUUUAUAAAUUUAUAUAACUGUUGUCCUUUUGGAUUUAUAUGUUAUUUAUUAGGUACCCUAUUAAUGUACUUUCUAUACUUAUACCUUGGUAGGGGCAGCGUUUAAAUUUAUCGUACCACAGUACCCCACAGCUUUGUAUUUUUUUUGCUAGAGUGAUGCGAUAAUUUUGAACAGCUCUCAGUA